AAUUACCUCAGGAAAGCUUCUACCUUAGCCGAGCGAGGUUGAAAGAUUUCAUUCAAACCACUCAGCCCUUCCCGACCCUCGAAAGCCUCCCCCAUGGCGUCCCGCAGACUAGCUUUGAACCUGUCGCAGGGCCUGCGAAGCCGUGCUGGUCUGUCGGCCGCCGGUGCCCUCCGACGAGGUUUUGCGACUCCCUCCACCGUCGGCAAGACUCAGACCACGACACUGAAGAACGGACUGACCGUUGCCACUGAGCACUCGCCAUGGGCGCAAACGUCAACGGUCGGCAUGUGGAUCGAUGCCGGCUCGCGCGCCGAGACGAACGAGACGAACGGCACGGCGCACUUCCUCGAGCACCUGGCUUUCAAGGGCACUGCCAAGCGAUCGCAGCAGCAAUUGGAGCUGGAGAUUGAGAACAUGGGCGGCCACCUGAACGCCUACACCUCGCGCGAAAACACCGUCUACUUCGCCAAGGCCUUCAACUCCGACGUCCCCCAGUGCGUUGAUAUCCUGUCCGACAUUCUCCAGAACUCCAAGCUCGAGGAGUCUGCCAUCGAGCGCGAGCGCGACGUCAUCCUCCGCGAGUCCGAGGAGGUCGAGAAGCAGGUCGAGGAGGUCGUCUUUGACCACCUGCACGCCACCGCCUUCCAGCACCAGCCCCUGGGCCGCACCAUCCUGGGGCCCCGCCAGAACAUCCGCGACAUCACCCGCACCGAGUUGGUCAACUAUAUCAAGAGCAACUACACUGCCGACCGCAUGGUCCUUGUCGGUGCUGGUGGCGUUCCCCACGAGAAGCUCGUCGAGUUGGCUGAGAAGCACUUCUCUGGCCUCCCUAGCAGGGGUCCUGAGAACCAUGCUUACCUCCUGUCGAAGCAGAAGGCCGACUUCAUCGGCUCCGACGUCCGCGUCCGCGAUGACACCAUGGGCACCGCCAACGUUGCCAUUGCCGUCGAGGGCGUCAGCUGGAACUCGGAUGAUUACUUCACGGCGCUGGUCACGCAGGCCAUCGUCGGCAACUACGACAAGGCCAUGGGCAAUGCUCCCCAUCAGGGCAGCAAGCUCAGCGGCUUCGUUCACAAGCACGAGCUCGCCAACAGCUUUAUGAGCUUCUCCACCAGCUACAGCGACACGGGUCUGUGGGGCAUCUACCUCGUCACCGACAACACCACCCGCUUGGAUGACCUCGUCCACUUCGCCAUCCGGGAGUGGAUGCGUCUGUGCACCAACGUUAGCGAGGCCGAGGUCGAGCGGGCCAAGGCUCAGCUCAAGGCCUCCAUCCUGCUGUCUCUUGACGGCACCACCGCCGUCGCCGAGGACGUCGGCCGCCAGCUUAUCACCACGGGUCGCCGCAUGAUGCCCGGCGAGAUUGAGCGCCGGAUCGACGCCAUCACCGAGAAGGAGGUCAUGGACUUCGCCAACCGCAAGCUCUGGGAUAAGGACAUUGCCAUCAGCGCUGUGGGCAAGAUCGAGAACCUGUUCGAUUACCAGAGACUGAGGAACACCAUGAAGCCCAAGUUUUAAUGGUAGAGAGCGGGCCGGCUGGGUUGGCAAAAGCGAGACUCGGGUAUAGAGUGUAUGAGAUACCUUUUACAGGCCCUAGUGUAUCAUAUAGUUCCACUUAUUCAUGCUAGGUAUGAGGCAUCCUGAAGUGAUUUCAUUUGUACAACCGACACCGGCGGGCUUCAGACAGAUUGCAAAGCGAGCUCUCGUAAAUGUCUGUGUUUGGGGUGCAGCGGACCAGUAGGCGACAUAGGGAUUGCAUUCUAAUGUGCAGUCCGGGCAUUUCGUUGCUGCAUGCUAGCGGAGUUGGGACUUGUUUCAAUCAAGGCACGCACAGAGGCCGUGCAUCGUGAGACCCCUGACGCGCAGUAUCGAGUUGGGCAGAUGGUUGUCUCAAGAAUCAAGGCAGG